AUGGCCGCGCCCAUCCGAUCCAGUCUAAGCCGUUCCGGCCGGACUUCUGUUGCCUCUAUUCGCAGUCUCUCCAAUGCUCGCCCGGCAAAGGCACAGGUUCAGCCCAUCACAGUCAGGGAACCUAACCCUUCUCUACCGCCUUCCGAUGCCACUCUUCUCAAGGACUAUUUAAGGCGAGGCGCCUUGUCGAGGACAUAUUUCGAUGCGACAGGCGUGCGAUGGGUCGGAUCUGGCGAUGACGGACCAAAGGACCCCAAUAAGGCAAAGCUAGGAAAAACUCUGCGAGUUCUACAAGAACGAUUACCAACGCUUUUACUACAUCCUCUUCCCCACGACAUUCUUGCGCCAAAUAUCGCCCUCCAUCUUUUUCCCUCGACGCACCCUCACCUACCGACCGUCUCCGGCCGGGUCGCCUAUAACGCCGCCCUCUGGACCUCCCCGAUAGCCUGGAACCGCGUCCCCAUUCUCGGCAACGUCUUAAUCGAGGUUCUCGCGGAGCGCAUGACAACGGAACCCCUCACAUUCUUACCCCGCCGUGCUGGGGCGAUACCCGAGCAGCUCGUAGUCCGCUGGUGCGAGAAGCGAAAGGGCUCAGAUAGUUCUUCCAAUAAAGGAGUGAUCGCCCGGUCCCUGCCGUUUGGUCGUGGAGUCGACCCAGACAAGGCAUUCACGGGACUGUUUGUUUUCGACUUCGAUGCCGAAGGACGGAUUCUAAGCCAUACUAUUGAACAGUCACAAGCCGGUGGCGAUUGGGAAGCUGGAGUUGGUGCAAAGGUUGUUGGUCUGACUGACUGGCUCCUUGGAGGUUGCAAGAACCCUGGCACUCCUAUACCAAUGUUCGAGCGAGUCCGAAGACGACGAUCCAUUUAA